AUGGGCCGCCGAGCAGCGGCAGGUGCCUCGUCCGUCGCAGCGCGCGUCGCCGACGAAACGCACACCUGCCUGGGCGACGUGAUCGGCUACGCGGUGCGCUUCGAGGACUGCACGCACCCUACGCGCACGCGCGUGCGGUACACGACGCCGGGCCUCCUCUUCCGCGAGUGCCUCAGCGACCCGCUGCUCUCGCGGUACAGCGUCAUUAUGGUCGACGAGGCACACGAGCGUGGCGCAUACACGGACCUGCUCAUCGCUCUUCUCCAGAAGAUCCGGCGCAAGCGCCCGGACCUGCGCAUGAUUCUCGCGAGUGCGACGAUGGACGCCGAGGCGUUUGCGCGCUACUUUGACGCGGCGCACGGCACGUCCGAGGCCGUCUCUACGAUCCUCUCGAUCGAGGGCCGCACCUUCCCUGUGGACGUGGCGUACACCGCCGCGCCGGUCCGCGACUAUGUCGCGGCGGCGGUGGACGCCGUAUGGGCGCUGCACAUCGCCGAGCCCGCCGGCGACAUUCUCGUGUUUCUCACCGGGCGCGACGAUAUUGAUGCGACGCUGCAGGCGCUCGCGGACCGGCAGGCCCAGGCGCCACCGGGCGGUCUGCGCCUGCACCUGCUGCCCCUGUACGCCUCGCUUGCCCUCGACGAGCAGCGCGCGGCGCUGGCGCCCGCGCCACGCGGCACACGCAAAGUCGUCGUUGCCACGAACGUGGCCGAGACGAGUGUCACGAUCGAUGGCGUGCGCUUCGUCGUGGACGCCGGCCUCGUCAAGGUGCGCAUGCGCGACCCUGCCACGGGCUUAGAUACCCUCGCGACGCGCCCUACGUCGCGUGCCGCGGCCUUUCAGCGCGCAGGACGGGCGGGGCGCACGGCGCCGGGCAAGUGCUUGCGACUGUACCCUGCGUCGCAGCUCGCGCAGAUGCCGGCGGCCGAUACGCCGGAGCUUGUGCGGUGUGACCUGGCCAUGUACCUGCUGCAGCUCAAGGCACUGGGCAUCGACAACCUCGCGCGCUUUGAGUUUGUGCCGCCCGCCCCGCCCGCUGCGCACAUGGCGCGGGCCCUGACGUUCCUAGCGAGUAUGCAGGCGCUCGACGAGUAUGGGCGCCUCUUGCCGCUAGGCGAGCAGCUGGCCGAGGCGCCGCUCGAGCCGAUGAUGGCGCGCGCCGUGCUUUGGGGGGCGCAGCGGGGCUGUGCGGACGAGCUCGUGACGAUCGCCGCGAUGCUCUCCGUGGCCACGCCGUUCUUGCACUCGGACCACCGCGCCGCCGACCCGCGUGCGGAGAUUGCGCGCCGCAAGUUCGUCGCCGAGGAGGGCGAUGCGCUCACCCUUCUCAACGUGUACGAUGCGUUUGUCGAUCCGCAGCAGGGCCGCUGCUCAGCGGCGUGGGCGGCGCGGCACGCGCUGAACUAUGCGACGCUCAAGCGGGCGCAGGCAAUCCGCGCCCAGCUCGCUCAGUACGUCACGCUGCACUGGCGCCUCCCGCUGCGCGCCUCGCACGAUGCGACGCAGCUGCGCUACUGCCUCGCCGCUGGCUUUUUCCAGCAGACGGCGCAGUGGAUGCCGGACGGCACGUUCCGCACACUACACGGCACGACGCUGCAUGCGCAUCCGUCGUCUGUGUACUUUACGCGCACCCCGCCCAGCCGCUGGGUCGUCUACACGGAGCUCGUGCACACAACGCAGCCAAUGAUCCGCGACGUGACAGCCGUGGACGAGGCAUGGCUCCUGCAACUGGCGUACGUACACACAGCUCAUGACAGGCCCCACUACUACGAGACGCGAAGGAAAGCAUAA